AGCCAUCAUGGUAAGUUGCACGAAAUAGGCACACUUCUGAUUUACUGGUAGCUAACGUAGUGUUUUUGCCUGGGAAGUAUGCAAGGAAACCGUGCACCUCGUCCUGAACAGCAAAACCAUGGACCCCCUAAACCAAAUCCCCAAGACUAUCAAAAAAAAGGAGGGAUUGCAAACAGCAACGGACAGCAUGCCGACUCCAAUUCUGCCUUGACCAUUGACCUUCAGAACUUUAGGAAGCCUGGGGAGAAGACUUACACCCAGCGGAGCAGGAUGUUCGUAGGGAAUUUGCCAACAGGAGUGACUGAGCAGGAGGUUGAAAAAUUGUUCUCUAAGUAUGGAAAACCCUCUGAAAUUUUCAUAAAUAAAGAUAGAGGCUUUGGCUUCAUAAGGCUGGAGACCAGAACUUUGGCAGAAAUUGCCAAAGCAGAACUCGAUGACACUCCAUUCAGGGGCAGACAGCUUCGUGUUCGGUUUGCUACUCAUGGAGCUGCUCUCACUGUGAAGAAUCUGCCGCAGUUUGUGUCCAAUGAGCUUCUGGAGGAGGCCUUCUCUAUUUUCGGCCAGAUAGAGAGAGCUAUUGUGAUUGUUGAUGACCGCGGAAGGCCCACUGGCAAAGGAAUUGUGGAAUAUACAGCCAAACCUGCUGCAAGGAAAGCACUCGACAGAUGUUCGGACGGGGCUUUUUUGUUAACUGCGUUUCCCAGACCUGUGACAGUAGAGCCAAUGGACCAGUGUGAUGAGGAUGAAGGACUACCAGAGAAACUUGUUAACAAAAACCAGCAUUAUCACAAGGAGCGAGAGCACCCACCAAGAUUUGCACAGCCUGGCACAUUUGAAUAUGAGUAUGCCAUGCGCUGGAAAGCCCUCAUGGAGAUGGAGAAGCAGCAGAAUGAGCAGGUGGAGAGGAACAUCAAGGAGGCCCAGCAGAAGCUGGAGGCUGAGAUGGAGGCAGCGCGACACGAGCACCAGGUCAUGCUGAUGAGACAGGACCUGCUGAGGCGCCAAGAGGAACUGAGGAGGAUGGAGGAGCUGCACAACCAGGAGCUACAGAAGCGCAAGCAGAUGGAGCUGCGUCAGGAGGAGGAGCGUCGGAGGCGUGAGGAGGAGCUGAGGAUGCAUACUGAGGAGAUGCUGCGCAGGCAGCAAGAAGGCUUCAAAGGCAACUUCCCUGAAAAUAGGGAGCAAGAGAUGCGGAUGCAUAUGGUUGGUCAGGCAAUGGGCUUGAACCGAAACCCAAUGGCUGGGAACCAAGUGUCUGCACCACCUGGGAAUAUGCCCACCGAGGCGUCCCCUUUAAUGCAGGGAGGGGGAAACAGUGCCAUGCCAGGUGGGGGUCAGGGAGGAUUUCCAAGGGGCCCUCCGGGGCCGGCUGAUUUUGGCCCUAAUAAACGUCGCAGAUUCUGAGACCACCUGUGUUCUACUUUUUUGUCGUCUUUUCCCUUUUUUCCAGAUUUUUCUCCCUUUUGUAGAAUAUUUUAAAAUUUGUAUUAUGAAUUAUUUUUAUUCUGCUAUUUCAGAACUUGUAUGAGGAGGAUUUUUUUUUUGUUUGUUUUAACUUUGGGAUACUCGAGUUUGAUACAAGCAUCUUAUGCCCAGCUGUUAAACUCUGUAUAGAAUACUUUCAUCUCCUUGCUACUGCAGUUUUGUAAAUUUCUUCUGACAUUGUAUAUUGCUGUUGAAUGGUUGAGCCAGUAACAUUGUCUGAACCCUGCUUUUCAUUACCUUGUUAAAUAAAUUCUUAUCACUCCUUUAAA